UUGUUGAUGUUUAAUUUGUGUGCGGCUGCGCGCUGCUCAAUGCUUUCGCCGUUGCUGACGCGAAUGGUCAGGAAAAAGGAGUAUGUGUAGCUACUCUCUGGCAGCUAGUUAGUUAACGAAGGCCAGAGUGUAGGAUUAGUUGGGAUCCUAGGGGACAAGGUAAUGAUAGUGAGUCCGCGGCAAUAACCCGCGAGUUACCAACCUCUCCCGUAUGUGAUCGCCCUUGCUCGUCGUCGGACGCUGCCAGCGAGGGCCAAGGAACAAAAUAGCAUAUUCUAUUAUAUGAUCCAGUGUCCAGCGUCACUUUUACCCUCCAUGUGGGUGAGGGAACUGUGUGUAUCAGAUUAUGGCGAGAAAAACAGUUAGCAGGAAAAGGAAGGCAGGAGAGCCCAAAGACCAACAACAGCUGGGCUGGUGUCAAGCACCACACAAGCGUAGCCGUGUUUCUUGUUCAUCACGUCACGCCCAGCAGUGGUGGUGCAGUCGGCGCUCGGUGGUAUGUGCUCUCCGGGGCCGGGAGUUCAGACCUCAACAGCAGCACGAGUUGCGGCUCCAGCGGAGCCUUCAGGGUUUUGCAGCUGGCAGGCUCCCUGGCAUCCUCAAGGAGAGGGAGUUCUCCCUGGGGCGACUCAACAAGGUGUUUGCUUCACAGUGGCUCAACCACAGGCAGGUGGUGUGCGGGACCAAGUGCAACACGCUUUUUGUAGCUGAUGUCCUGACGGGGCAGAUAACACGCAUUCCCAUGCUGAAGGACAGGGAGUGUCAUGGUGGAGGCUCUGGGGUGGCGGGUGCAGUGGUGGCGGGGCGGCAUUACCACCCCAUAGCAGGCUCUCGUGCCCGGCUGGACCAGCAGGGUUGUGGGAUCCACGCUAUUGAACUCAACCCCUCCAGAACACUGCUAGCCACCGGAGGAGACAACCCCAACAGCCUGGCCAUCUACCAGCUGCCCACACUGGACCCUGUUUGUGUGGGAGAUGAAGGUCACAAUGACUGGAUCUUCUCCAUAGCAUGGAUCAGUGACAAUAUGGCAGUUUCUGGGUCCAGAGAUGGCUCCAUGGGUCUGUGGGAGGUGACAGAGGAAGUAAUGAGCCAGGCGGAACGCAGUCAGAAUGAGGAGGCAGUACCUUCAUACGCCCACAUCUCCCACCGUGCCCUCAAGGACAUCCCAAAAGAGUACACCAACCCAUACAACUGUAAAGUCCGUGCACUGGCCUUCAACAACAACCAUAAAGAGCUGGGUGCUGUGUCUUUGGAUGGCUAUUUCCACCUCUGGAAAGCUGAGCACAACUUGUGCAAGAUACUCUCCACCAAGCUGCCUCACUGCAAAGAGAAUGUGUGUUUGGCAUAUGGACAGGACUGGUCAGUGUAUGCGGUGGGUUCUCAGGCCCAUGUUUCCUUUCUGGAUCCACGGCAGCCUACACACAGCAUCAAGUCUGUCAAUUCCAGAGAGAGAGGAAGCGGGAUCCGUUCAGUGAGUUUCUACGAGCACAUUGUUACAGUGGGCACCGGCCAAGGUUCCCUUCUCUUCUACGACAUCCGGGCCCAGAGAUUCUUGGAGAACCCUUUGAAUCCAGCUGGAGGGUAUCGAAAGUGCCCAGGAGAUGGCAUCCUCAAACUCUCUACAGGGAAAGGCUGGCUGAAUCACGAUGAGACGUGGAGAAGUUACUUCUCGGACAUUCAUUCCUUCCCCAACGCGGUGUACACCCACUGCUAUGACGACUCUGGCACCAAGCUGUUUGUAGCGGGUGGACCACUCUGUUCUGGCUUGCACGGCAACUACGCAGGACUGUGGAGCUAGCCUCUUUGUCUUCUCCCUUGCUCUAUCACUACAUCCUCGUCCAGAUUUAUUCCUAACCUGUCCCUCCCUCUUCUUCUACAAGUCACUCUGUUUUGCUCACACGUGGACUCAGGAGCAUGAUCUUGCCCCC